AUGGACAAUGACAACGCCGGACUGGCCACUGCUCGUCGAAGGAACACGCGCUUGAUCGCCGUCGAAGAAAUUGGCACUAUCUCGCUUGCCGAACUUCUAUGGGGUGUCUCGCAAUCUACACACAACUACCCCUCAAAGCUCGAAACUAUCGACGCCUUGAAUGCCAUCAUGGCAUAUGGACUAAGCAGCCAGUCCAGAAUCACUACGGCAGCAGGCAAUGUAUUCUACCCUUUCAGCAACCAUCCCCAAGCAGAGAUGAUCGAAUUGGACGGUGGCAUCCAUGCUCAUUGUGGAUACUUCACCAGUCUCCGUACGAGCGUCAGCAGGUUGCUCGUGAACGUCAACGUUACAACGGGUGCCUUCUACAAGCUCUUCGUCUUCUUCCUAUUAGCGUAUCAAGGGCUACACGGUACCUCGAGACCUGCACACUGCGUCCUAUCAAAGGACAAGAACAUUGUUGGCGCCGAUCAGCUCCAAAACCUCACACAUAACCUUUGCUAUACCUUCGCUAGCGCCACCCGCUCUGUCAGUAUUUGCCCUCCCGCCUAG